AUGGUUGAUUUUCUUAAAAAGACAGAUAUAAUAGUUUCUAUAAUGAAGUCAAUCUCUAAAUCUGAAAAUAAUGAUGCAUCAUUAUCAAAAGCAGUAAGAGUGUAUUCCUCUGUUGUUAAAGCAGAAGAGAUUUCAGAUAUUGCUAAUGCCAAUAUUCUCAAUCAUGAAAUGGCUGAGCAUCUUGAAAACAGCUUCAAAAAAAGUUUAAAUGAAAUACAUGCUUUAAGGAAAUACUAUAUAACAGAGUGUUAUAAGCAUUUAUCUAAAUCUUUAACUGAGGAGUUUAUUGCAGAAUAUACUGAUAUUGUUAAAUUGUGUUUAGAAUCAUCUAAGUCUAUGAAAUAUCUUCAAGAUUUAGUACCAAAAAUGGCCCAAGUUUUUGAUAAUACAAACAUGUCUUGUAGUGCUAAAAAACCUGGUUUAAAAUCAAAUAAAGCAAAACUUGGUUUAUUAAAUUUAGCACUUUCCACAACUUAUGGGAUAAAGUUUAAAGCUACUAACAAUAAACAAACCCAUUAUUAUCUAGUAGGUCUAUUCGAUAAAGAAAGCACUUCAAAAUUGCUACCAUACCAAACAGAUGAAGGUCAAUUUUAUAAAAAUAGUAAGGAUAUAUGUUUUGGAUAUAGUAAACUCUUAUCUGAUAAAUUAGAGAUCGCUUUCAGUUCUGAUAUAUAG